AUGGGCAAGAAGACAUCUCGCCAGACCACCAAGGUUGGGUCGGCCGCAUCGCCUGCCACCGGCCUCCCCCAAUCCACCAAAUCGUCGAUUCUACGAGCUGCAUUCUCACCGUCCGAGUAUCAAUUGGCCCUGUUCGCCUCGGUCAUCCAAGGCCUUGAUGCGCAGCAUCUCCGCAUCCACGACACCAACACCGGUCGACUACAAUGUGAGCAUGCGCUGGGACCGAAAGAGACAAUCACUUCGCUGGAUUGGGGAUACUACGGAGGUCAGGGCAAGGGCCGCGACCAGUCGAAGAAGAAGCGCAAGCGCGGAUCUGAUGUGAACGGCGUUGAUGGACUCGACCAGGGUGAUGUUGUUGUUGCGUUUGGAACCAGCAACUCUGAGAUUCGCAUGUUUUCUCCCUCGGAGGAUAAGGUCGUCGGCACCUUGACCGGCGCGCACGAGAAGGGUAUCAAGGACUUCAAGUUUACCGCCGGGCGGCCAGCCGAGGAGGCUUGGAGUAUUGGAGGUGAUAACAAGCUUGUACAGUGGGAUCUGCGCACUGGACAGAGCGUACGAACCAUUCACCUGCCUGCAUCAUCUGUCUUCACUGCUCUCUCUCGCCCCGUUCCCUCCAACGUGCCUGUCAUUUGUGCUUCUCAGACCCCCUUCUUAAUAGAUGUGGAGAACUCUGAUGAGGAGCCUGUCAAGUUCCCUGCCAUGCGCAACCCGAUUCACACCGUUAUUUCCUCCUCCUCCGAGUCAGCCGGCUCUGGCGCAUUCCUUGCAUCCGAUGGUGAUCGCUUCAUUAAUGUUUUCGAUGCCUCAACCCAGAAAUUGGUCCGAAACCUUGUCGCCGAGCAGGAUGUGUCCUCGGUGUCUCUGCACGAAGGCACCCCCGAGAAGCAAAUCCUUGCUGCUAUCACCGAAGAUGGCACUAUUGAGCUGUUCACAAAACCGUUUGCGCAAGCCUCGCAAUCUGGAAGCGCUAAGGCCAAUCGCAAACAAAUGACCCAGAAGGCGCAUGCAUCUCUCAAGCUUGUGCGGUCCGAGUCUUCAUUUGCGUGUGUCCCCGUGGUUUCAACCUUGUUCCACGGCCACGAGAUUGUGGUCGCUUACGCCGAGGGUGGUGUCAUUCCUGUAUUUGAGCGCGUCAAGGUCAUCGAUGAGACCACUAAUGAGCUCGCAUUCACCGGACUCAAGGCAGUGCCAAAGACAAAGACCAGCUCCACAAUCGCAUCCGUGUCAACAAAUGGCGUUAAGAAUGCCGGGGAGAGUCGGGUGGACGAGACCCACGCCACCGUACAGUCUGGCAUGAUUGUCGACGACGAUAUCGAUAUGAACGAUGUCCAAGACGCCGCUUCCAUUUCCGGCGACGAGGACUCUGACGUUGAAGACACUGUCAAGCCCACAGAGAAGAAGACCAAGUCCUCUAAGCAAGCUCCUGCCGAUGAAGAUGUUGAGAUGGAGAAUGCAGAGUCAGAAGACGAGGAGGAGAAGGAAGAAGAGGAUGUUGAGCCAUCUUUCGGUGAGCUCUUGCGCGCCAACGGAGGCCACGAAGUCGACGUCGAAGCCGAGCUUGACGAUGAUCUCAAUCUGGGCACACUCGUCCCCGGCAAGCCUGCGGCUACCGUUCAACAGAUCCCCACCGGCGUCUCACUAGCCACAGUGCUCACUCAAUCUCUCAAGACAAAUGACAAUGCCAUGCUUGAAUCUUGCUUCCACACUUCCGACAUCACCAUUAUUCGCACAACUAUUCAGCGUCUCGAGUCUUCCCUCGCGGCUACUUUGCUCCAGAAGCUCGCCGAGCGCCUCUCCUCCCGCCCCGGCCGCUACGGUCACCUCCUCGCAUGGGUCCAAUGGGUCUGCGUCGCUCACGGUGGUGCCCUGGCCGGUCACCCCGACCUCCUGAAGCGCAUUGCCACCCUGUACAAGGUCAUGGACCAGCGCUCUUCCAGCCUUUCAUCCCUUCUUCUGCUUAAGGGCAAGCUCGACAUGCUCGAAGCACAGCUUGAUCUACGCCGCGAUAUUCACAGCGGUGGCGACGGCAUUGACAGCGAAGAUGAGGAUAAUGUUAUCUACGUUGAGGGACAUGAGGACGAUUCCGACAGCGACGCCGAAGGCCAAGCCAAGCCGCGGACAAAGUCUAUUCGCGAGCAGGCCUUCGACGAGGAAGAAUCUAUGAUGAACGGUAUUCUGGAUGAGGAAGAUGACCAGGAGGAUGAUAGUGAGGAAGAGGACGAGGACGAGGCUGAUGAUAUUUUGGAUAUUGAGGCCGAAGAGUCGGCUGGCUCUUCCGAUGCCGAGGAGUCUUUGGAGGAGAACGAGGAUGAGGACUCUGACGAGGCAAGCGAGGGCUCCAUCGCGGACUUCAUUGCUGAUACUGAAGAUGAAGGGUCGGAUGAUGCUAUGGAGCAACCCGCGCCUAAGAAGAGCAAGUCCGGCAAGAAAGGCAAGCUUGGGAAGAAAUAA